UGUCACCGGCUGCUGAACGCCUCCGCUACAUCCUGGGUGAUGAUGAUGAGCCUCCCAACCCCACACUCUUCACAGAGAUGGACACACUGCAGCAUGAUGGUGAGGAGAUGGAAUGGAAAGAGUCAGCCAGGUGGAUAAAGUUUGAAGAAAAGGUUGAGGAAGGCGGGGAAAGGUGGAGCAAGCCCCAUGUGUCCACAUUGUCUUUGCACAGCCUGUUUGAGCUGCGGACUUGUCUACAGACAGGAACAGUGCUCCUGGACCUAGAUGGCUACUCUUUACCCCAGAUCAUAGACGAUGUCAUUGAGAAACAGAUUGAGGAUGGUCUGCUCAAACCUGAGCUGCGGGAAAAGAUAAGCUAUGUGCUCCUCAGGAAGCACCGUCACCAAACCAAGAAGCCAAUCCAUAGGUCCUUGGCUGAUAUCGGCAAGUCUGUCUCCUCUAACACAAACCGCAGCCCUGUCCGGAGCCCAGCUGCUGGCACCACCUUCCACCGCUCCACUGAGGACCUGAGGAUGCGGCAGAGCACAAGCUACGGACGCCUGCGCCAUGCACAAAGUCGAAGCAUGAAUGAUAUCUCAGACACACCAAGCACCGACCAGCUGAAGAACAAGUUCAUCAAGAAGAUCCCCAAGGAUGCAGAAGCCUCCAAUGUGCUGGUAGGAGAAGUUGAAUUCCUAGAGAAACCCUUUGUGGCUUUUGUGCGGCUCCUCCAGGCAACAAUGCUAGGAGGUGUGACAGAGGUGCCCGUCCCCACCAGAUUCCUCUUUAUUCUCCUGGGCCCUGCAGGAAAAGCCAAAUCCUACAACGAGAUUGGCAGAGCCAUUGCAACCCUCAUGGUGGAUGAUCUCUUCAGCGAUGUUGCCUACAAAGCCCGGGACAGAGAAGACCUGAUUGCCGGCAUAGAUGAAUUUCUGGAUGAAGUCAUCGUUCUGCCACCUGGCGAGUGGGACCCCAACAUUAGGAUUGAACCACCAAAAAAAGUGCCCUCAGCUGAGAAGAGGAAAUCAGUUUUCUCACUGAACGAAGUGGGGCAGAUGAACGGCACAGCUGGUGGGGCAGGUGCUGGGAGUGGUGGAGGAGGCAGUGAUGAUGGAGAGAUGCCUGAAGUGCAUGAAAUCGGGGAAGAGCUUGCAUGGACUGGCAGGUUUUGUGGUGGCCUCUAUUUGGAUAUCAAAAGGAAGCUGCCCUGGUUCCCAAGUGACUUCUAUGAAGGUUUUCAUAUCCAGUCCAUCUCUGCCAUUUUGUUCAUCUACCUGGGCUGCAUCACCAAUGCCAUCACAUUCGGGGGCUUGCUUGGAGAUGCUACGGACAACUACCAGGGCGUCAUGGAGAGCUUCCUUGGCACAGCAAUGGCGGGCUCCAUGUUUUGUCUCUUCGCUGGGCAGCCACUCAUUAUCCUCAGCAGCACCGGCCCCAUCCUCAUAUUCGAGAAGCUGCUCUUUGACUUCAGCAAAGGCAACGGCAUCGACUACAUGGAGUUUCGCCUCUGGAUCGGCUUGCACUCUGCUCUACAGUGCCUUAUCCUGGUGGCCACUGAUGCCAGCUUCAUUAUAAAGUACAUCACACGCUUCACAGAGGAAGGCUUCUCCACCCUCAUCAGCUUCAUCUUCAUCUAUGAUGCCAUCAAGAAGAUGAUAGGAGCCUUUAAGUACUACCCCAUCAAUUCGGACUUCAAGCCAGACUAUGUGACCAUGUACAAGUGCGAGUGUGUUGCUCCUGACCCAGCCAACAUGACAUUGUUCGAUGCUUCAGCUCCAGUAGCACCAAACACCACUAACAUUUCUCUGUACAAUACUAUUAACCUAACAGCUCUGGAUUGGACUCAGCUGAGUAAGAAGGAGUGUCUCAAGUACGGUGGCAGCUUAGUGGGGAAAUCCUGUAAAUUUGUGCCUGACCUGGCCCUCAUGUCCUUCAUCCUCUUCUUCGGGACCUACUCCAUGACAUUGACCCUGAAGAAAUUCAAAUUCAGCCGCUACUUCCCCACCAAGGUCAGGGCCUUCAUUGCUGAUUUUUCCAAUGUCUUCUCCAUCCUGCUGUUCUGUGCUGUGGAUGCCUGUUUCGGACUGGACACCCCAAAGCUGCAUAUUCCCAGUAUCAUCAAGCCCACUCGUGUGGACCGAGGGUGGUUCGUGUUUCCCUUUGGGAAGAACCCAUGGUGGAUAUACCUUGCAAGCGCGCUGCCUGCCCUUCUCGUCACCAUCCUCAUCUUCAUGGACCAGCAGAUCACAGCCGUCAUCGUCAACAGGAAGGAGCACAAAUUACGGAAAGCAGCGGGUUACCACCUCGACCUGUUCUGGGUUGGCAUCCUCAUGGCUGUGUGCUCCUUCAUGGGGCUGCCCUGGUACGUGGCAGCCACCGUCAUCUCCAUCGCUCACAUCGACAGCUUGAAGAUGGAGACAGAGACCAGUGCCCCAGGGGAGCAGCCCCAGUUCCUGGGUGUCAGGGAGCAGAGAGUGACAGGCAUCAUCGUAUUUGUGCUUACGGGGAUUUCCGUCUUCCUUGCCCCGAUUCUGAAGUACAUUCCCAUGCCAGUGCUGUAUGGCGUCUUUCUGUACAUGGGCGUUGCAUCACUGAAUGGCAUCCAGUUUUGGGACCGCUGCAAGCUCUUCCUCAUGCCAGCCAAGCACCAGCCCGACUAUGUCUUCCUUCGGCAUGUGCCACUGCGCCGCAUCCACCUCUUCACUCUGGUGCAAAUUGUCUGCCUGGCUGUGCUCUGGAUCCUCAAAUCCACCGUGGCUGCGAUCAUCUUCCCUGUCAUGAUUUUAGCCCUGAUCCUGGUGAGGCGACUGCUAGAUUUUGUCUUCUCCCAACAUGACCUGGCCUGGAUUGACAACAUCAUCCCUGAGAAGGAAAAGAAGAAAGAGGAUGACAAGAAGAAGAAGAAAAAAGGCAACAAAGGGGACAGCAGCAGUGACGAGGAGGAAAGAGGUCCUCCACCUGGAGCUUUGCGUUCUGAUUCUUCCCCAAAUGGUUCAGAUCUGGAUCGCAGUAUUACGCUUCACCUGAAGAUUUCAUGUCCAUCGUCUCCAGCAUUUAACUACUCACGAAACCCGAUUUGCGCUGUGCCCCAGGUGAAGAUAGAGAUGGAAUCAGACUACGAGGACACCGACACCGAAAAGCCACCUCGGGACAUGGGCAGUGAGACCACACUAUAGUUCCAUGCAGUGCUUCCUCUAAUUUAUAUAUAUAUACUUAUAUAUUCAUAUAUAUAUAUAUAUAAAGCUAAUUGGACAUAUUUUUCUAUGUGACACUGAGGAGAAGGUGGCCCCAGAGGCCCAUUGCUCCAGUAGCGUUUAGUGUAAUGCUGUUGAAUUUCCUCCCUUUCUGCUGGGCAAAUGCAUCACUGCUGGUAGGAGAAUGCACUGGUGGCAGAAUAGCCCCCACUGCUGGGGCUAAAAAUGUGGAGUUGGUGUAUUUGGCCUCCACUUGCCCUAGAACUGCUGCUGGAAUGGAGAAGUCAAAGGCAGUCAGGGCCAUGGAUGUCAGGGAACAGUUGGCUGCAUGCAUGGCCUAUGGAGCAGGGGACUGUGCUGGGGUAAACCUUUCAAGGGGGAUUUUGGGGUGGGGAGGAGGUUUGCACACCUGAGAAGGAAGUGGGAGCAUGUAUCCCAGCUCCCCCUGCCCUGAAAUCGCAGCGCGACUCCUGCCAAAUCUGACUUGGCAAAGGGGGUAGUGCAUUUCCCAUGGGGAGCCUCAGGCUUUGAGUUUGCAGGAUGCAAACAAAAGCAGUCUGACCCCUUGCAGUGGGAGUCCCCUCUUGCAGCACAGCCAUGCUGCAGCAUCCCAGCAACCCAAUCAGGGUCUCUCUGCUGCAGCAGGUGGGAUUCUCCUGCCCCAGGGGGACUCAGCUGUGCUCACCCCAGCAUAGAUGUAUAAGAAGGUGAGGAGGAUGCAUUGCAGGCUAGUGAGGGUUGCAAAGAGGCACUUGGCAGGAGGAGCGAAGGCUCUGGAGCAGGAGACCUUGAGGCCAAAGGCCAUUGCUUCUUGCAAGUAACAACAGGCAGGCUGUGAGUGCCUGAGAGCAACAGCAGAGCAGGGAACAGGGCAUGAUUUCUGCUGGCUGUCAGGCACUACUGCUGCAGGCAGCGGGUCAUGGUUUCUGCAGGGAAUUGAGCACAGUUCCCAUUAGGCAAGCAUGGCCUUACCCAUCCACACAUCCACAGCCCUAGCAAAGCGCAGCUUUCCCAGAACCAGUCUAGGACCCCCAGUGCUGUCCGGAAACCUAGGCUGAUAACAGGGCUGGAGCAAUAGCUGCAGCCAACCGGAAGCCAGCUGAGCUGGAGUAUUAUCUCACCUUGUUUUUGCCAUGGACACACUGAAGGAGCCCAUCCAGCCCCUGCACAAGGGGCUUUGCACCUCCUUGAGCUCCUCAAUUGUAAUUAUACUCAGGUGGUUUAACAGCAAGCAGCUUGAAGCACUGAUGGGAGAGCAAGCACGUCCCUCACCACAUAUCCCCACACACUUUGCACUUGCUUCCCCACCAGGGAGCAGGUCAGGAGCCACCUCAGGCACCAGGCAGUUUAGCUUGCCCAGCUCUCACUUUCUUCCAGCAGUGCUGGGGCAUGGAUGAGGCUUUCAAAUGGCUUUCCUUCCCAGCAUGCCUGCAGGCUAUGGUUUAGAAAGACUAGUCUUGUUUGUUGACUUUCUCUCCAGUAGAUGGACGUUUCUCACGGUUUUAAGGUAGCACAAAGCCCCCCCUCAUCUCCCAAGCAGAAACAGUCUACCUGGUAUUUAUAUAAGUUCUGUGCUAAGGCCAGCCACAGAGGGGCUUCUGGGGCGCACUGGUUAAAUAUUGCAACUGAUCUGAACCUUUAUGCAGGACAGAGCCCAGUUCUUUGUAAAUAGUCACAUCAAACAAAGACAUGAACACAGUUUUCUGUUUAUAGUAUUUUUCUGGUUCAAGUAUACCUUAUGAGGAACCAUGGCGAGAUUAAUAAAACAGUAUUACUCCAGUGACCACUUAAGCAAGCGCCACUUAGCUUGACAUUAACACUAAGAACUAUUUCAGCUUGGAUGCAUUGUGUAUACUUUUUAGUGUUUUGCACCAAUCUCACGUGUGCUAGCUAAAGCAUGGUACAGAUAGGCCUGCGAUUGCAAUCACUCCAGAUAGUAAAUUUGCUUUAACCAGUACAUCAGCACCUACUACACAGCACCCCUACCAGAAUCCACAAAGCCUUUCCAGAUGUUUCAUAGAGCACAACUGAAGCCUAAGCUCAGAUCCCUCUAGAACACUGCUUGUUUCAGCUAAAUUUGUCCUUUUUGCAGGUCUUACAAAUGGUUUAUAUUUUUUGCAUAUGGAAAUACUGGAUUGUCACAGAUUUGUCACCCCCAUUACAACACUUCUUUAGCCAUUUUGUAUUUAUCAGUGAUACGAUCCAAUAAAUCUCAUUUAAAUUAGUCUCUGCUCUUAGUGUGUUUCUGAUGCAAUCUUAGUCAUUGAACCUUCCCUCUCCAGGUGUUCCUUGUUUAGCAUUGUUAUGAGCAGGCAUUGCUCUCCCCUGGAAGGGAAUGGGGGAAAUGUGUGGUUCGCAAUGACUCAACAGGUGGCUCUAGCAUGGCAACAGACCUUCAGCUUCACAAAAAAGUUUCCCAGCACCCAGAAAGGUAGGAUCAGUCUUAUCAAGGAUAUGUGGCCAGAUGCUGAAGAGGAAGAAGUCUAGACCCACCUCACUGCCCCAGAACAAUACUACACACGAUUUUCCAAAGUAAGGUUGGUAUUAGAUAAUCAGAGCUUGCAAGCAAAAAGCAGAGGACUGUAUGUUUACAGUGUCACUAUGAACAUCAGCAACAGCUGAUGGCUUUGUUUACAACUGGAGUCUAAAAGCUGAACAGUUUUUGUUCAGGCAUGAACAAAAUUAAUUAUGGAUGUAGCACUUAUGCCUUGGUCAAACUCAGGGAGAAAGCCAGACCCAGCCCUGCUCUGAGGGAACAAGGGAAGCUCACUGUACAAGUGUUUUCAUUUGUCAGCGAAGUACAAAACUUGCUUAAAGUAAUUCUAGGAAACAAGUGGGGUUCCCCCCUUCCGUACUUUAUUCAGAGUUAGCCUGGAUUAUUCACCAAGCACUGGAAUCCUUUCACACUACAGUCCAGGAAGCUUACUGUGGGCCCAGUACAGUCACCAACAGCACCCCCCCCCCAAUUUUCUUUGGUUAGAGAAAAAGGGUUUAAAAAAGUCACCAUCCAAAUAGGAAAAAAAAAAAGCUUAGCUGCACACUAAAAAUGUUACAACAGAUCUACCACUGUCUAUGGCCCCAGCCAAGCUGAGAACAGAUGUGGCUUUUUCAAGUAGAUGGUUCUACAGAAGAG